ACAUCAAAAAAUAUUAUGGGUAUUUCAUCUGUUGUGCAUAGUAUACCUUAGGUACACAAAGCCACAACCAAGAUGGCUGCCUGAUUAGACGUCUCCGUACAUGUAGUCAAGCUGUUCAGAAAGGUUGCGCUGGGUGACACACAACACCAAAAACAUACGCUUGUAUUAUUCCUAAAAGUUAUAAUAAACUAUCACUGUACUUGUUUUAAGAAAAGACAGACUGCGGUUGAUGCAUUUUUAUUUUAUUUAUACAUGAUCACCGGGGUCCUUCAGGCAUCAAGAAGUCAACUCUCUUUGAGGACACGUUUUCAGGAAGUGUAGUGACACCAAAAUGAUGAGACAGGACUCCAACGAUGCCACAGAGGAUGUGUCUCUGUUUGACACAGAGGAUGAGACAAGGAGAAAGUCCAAAAAAUCAAAGAUCAGGCACCCGCUGGCCUGUUUCUUCCACCUGUUUUUCCGAGUCAGUGCGAUCCUCGUGUAUCUCCUGUGUGAGAUCCUGAGCAGCAGUUUCAUAGCCUGCAUGGUCACCAUUAUUCUGCUGCUGUCCUGUGACUUUUGGACUGUAAAGAACAUUACCGGCAGGCUGCUGGUGGGGCUGCGCUGGUGGAACCAGGUUGAUGAUGAUGGGAGAAGUCACUGGAUCUUUGAGGCCAGGAAGCCUUCAACUCAGGGGAAGACGGCCUCUUCAGACUCCGAAUCUCGUAUCUUCUGGCUGGGCCUGGUGAUCUGCCCCCUUAUCUGGGUCAUCUUCUUCUUCAGCGCGCUCUUCUCAUUCAAACUUAAAUGGCUGGCAGUGGUGAUCAUGGGGGUCGUGUUACAGUGUGCCAACUUGUACGGAUACGUCAAAUGUAAAGUGGGCAACAAAAGCAAUUUGAAAAGCAUGGCUACUAAUUACUUUGGACGCCAGUUCUUCCGACAGGCAGCUAGGGAAGAAGGAUCCUAAAGCCAUGAAAGACACAACUAUGUUGCCACUGUAAUAUAGAGAUAGCUAAUUACAAUAUUUUCUUAAAAGAUUAACUUUAAACCAUAA